AUGCCGAGUACCAAUACUACAGCCUCUGGCGCUUCCUUCGUCAGGAAGUACAAUUCUCUUUCAAUCCUGGAUGAAGUUGAGGACGUCGAGUGGUACCAGCCGGGCGGAUUUUACCCGUUGGAUGUAGGCGAGACGAUAAUCGACAGGUUUAAGGUUGUUCACAAACUUGGGCACGGUGGCAUUGCUACAGUUUGGUUUUGCUGGGAUCUACAAGAAGAGAAAUGGAUAGCGCUUAAAAUUAAUUCAGCAAGUCAUUCAUCAGAUGACUGCCCUGAUUUACAAGCGAUUCGGAUAAUUGAAGCUCAGUCCCAAGGAAUCGACGAGCUCAACGAUAAUAACAUUAUGAUAGCCCGACAGACCUUCUUUAUAGAAUCUCCUAACGGGCGACAUCUAUGCUUCGUAUUGCCUGUUGCUGGGCCAAGGUUCCCGGACUGGAAGCAUAAAAUAGGAGAAGACUUCGGCCGACUGAAGAAAAUCAGCUACCAACUUACCAAGGCGCUUGCUUUCUUGCACAGCAAAAGGAUUGGCCAUGGAGAUUUUAGGCCUGAUAACAUAUUGAUGAGGUUGAAACCCGGUUGCCUUGACCAGAUCGGGUAUGAUGAGAUGCAAGCUCUGAUAGGGGAAGCAAUCGGGGAACAGCUCCUUAAAGGCGACGAGCGAAGCCCGCAUGCUCCCAAGUAUGCAUAUCUACCGUUUAGUUUCAGAAACGGAAAUCUUUCGCACAUGAUAUCGGAUGACAUCGCCAUCGUCGACUUUGGCGAAUCUUACGAAGCCCGUAAGCCUCCUGAGAGGUUAAAUAUUCCACCUAAGUACGCCGGUCCUGAAUGGCUCUUUGGUAAUCAGACAGGCAUAGAAAAUGAUAUCUGGUCCCUGGCCUAUACACUACUGGAAGUUCAAAUUGGUCCCCUUCCUGGCGACCUGUGGAAUAUUAUUAGGCGCAUGGAGAGGUACAUAGGGCCCGUCCCACCUAUCUACGGCCCAACUGCUGUAAAGAUGCUACAUGACGAAAUGAGCUAUUCGGAUGAGCCACCACCAGAUUAUGAAGAGAAUGAAGCAGUUACAGGGCCAUUAACUGAGCCGUUCAACUUGCAAGAAAAGUUUGAAGCAACUCACUCCGAAUUCAGUAACCCAAUACAUAUUGCGCUAGGAUUAGCGGAUAUGCCGAGGGACGAGAUCCCCAUUUUCGGUAAUCUUCUCGGGGAACUCUUCGUAUACGACCCAGAAGAUAGGCCAGACGCAACUCAGGUACUAGAACACGAAUGGUUUAAAGCUUCUCAAUCCGAAGACGAGACGGCCACGGACGAAACGUUACCGAUCAUAAGUCUCUUGGACGAGUUAGACGAGAAUCACCCCGUUCCAGAAAAAGUCUCUGGAUCAUCAAACGCGGAGAGUGGUACGCCUCCCAUGAUGGUGACAGAAAUACGUACCAUUCAAAUCACGGAAAAGUGUCCUUGGUAUCACUUUGUAGCCACUUGGGCGGUUCCAGUAUUGGGGCUCCUAUGCGUGUAUUUAUUCUACAUUUAUACGUGUUUGCAAGUCGACGUGAGAAUCCUUAGGGCAACUCAACAGAUAAUAGUCAUGUAG